UUGAAGAAUAUGGAGCUGAUUAGAAUCACCUUCUUGCUUUGUGCAUUAGCCAUCUUAUUGCUUGUAACUCCAACUUCAUCUCUACAACUAAACCCUCGCUACUCAUCUCCUAGUCAAGAUUUAAGGGAAGAGAGCAUUAUUAACAAGGUGCCGCGGAAGCUCAUGAUCAUCUCAAGUGAACAUGUCAAUGUGAUGACAUCAAGAGUUCAUGAAAGUUCAAGCGAACAACUUCGAGUCACUUCUUCAGCAAAAUCUAAGAAUGAAGAGAAGAAAGUACUAAAUGAAGAAGAAGAAGAGAAGAAGGCUCUAUCAAAGUAUCUAUCGAUGGACUAUCGUACGUUUAGAAGAAGAAGACCAGUUCACAACAAGUCUUUACCUCUACGUCCAUGAAAACAUUACAUUAUUUCAAAAUAUAACUAAAUAAAAAGUUUUAGCUUAGCUUAAUUAAUAUUUUUGUUUAGGAUGGUUAUUGAUUUAAUUGGUUGUAGUAAUUAAGUUUCUUUGGGAGCACUGAGGAAACAAGUUUUGGCGAUAUUAUUGUAAUUAACGGGACAUGUUUCGUGUUAUUUUAUUUUUUAAUAUAUAGUUUUAAAUUAA